CAUUAAAGUCAUUAAGUAGUCAUUUAGAGAUUUGAUGGCCUUUGUCAAUGCCAAAAAAAAACAAAAAAACUCAACAAUCUAAUCGAUGACGUCAUUUAGCUGUUUACUGGCAACCCUCUGGGCAUGACACGGGAGGGGAUGGAGGCUCCAAACUGCAGCCAUACCCAACUCAAAUCGUCUGAAGACGUUUCUUAAAGAAGAUGAGCGAGUUGCAGAUGGAUUGUGCAGAAAAGCAGAAGGGCUGUAUGCGGGUGCUGGUGACUGGAAGCACAGGCCUGGUGGGCAAGGCAAUAGAGCGCGUUGUCAACGAGGAGGAAGGAAGUAAGGAGGCGGAGCAGUGGGUCUUCCUCUCCUCCAAGGAUGCCAACCUCAUGGACUUCCAGGAGACGCUGGCUGUUUUCCAGAAGCACAAGCCUACCCAUGUCAUCCACCUGGCUGCCAUGGUUGGUGGCCUCUACAAAAACAUGAAGGCCAACCUGGACUUUUGGAGGAACAAUCUCUACAUAAACGACAACGUACUGCAGGCAGCCCACGAGGUGGGCGUGGUCAAGGUGGUGUCCUGCCUCUCCACCUGCAUCUUCCCUGAUAAGACCACAUACCCCAUCGACGAAACCAUGAUCCAUAACGGGCCUCCUCAUCCAUCCAACUUUGGGUAUUCCUACGCAAAGAGAAUGAUCGAUGUCCACAACUGUGCGCAUGCAGAGAAGUACGGGAGUCGCUACACAGCAGUUAUCCCAACGAAUGUGUUUGGUCCCCAUGACAACUUCAGCAUCGAGGAUGGACAUGUAUUGCCAGGCCUCAUACACAAGGCCUUUAUAGCACAACAGGAAGGGAGCCCAUUGACAGUGUGGGGCUCAGGCAGUCCCAGAAGGCAGUUCAUUUACUCUUUAGAUUUGGCCCGUCUUUUUCUGUGGGUUCUGAGAGAAUACAAAGAAGUGAACCCAAUCAUAUUAUCUGUUGAUGAGGAGGAUGAGCUGUCUAUCAAGGAAGCAGCCGAGUCCGUUGUCCAAGCCCUGGGGUUCAAGGGAGAAGUAGUUUUUGACACCAGUAAAUCAGACGGUCAGUUCAAGAAGACAGCCAGCAAUGCCAAGCUGCGACGCUACCUGCCCGACGUCAAGUUUACGCCCUUCAAUCAAGCUUUGAAGGAGACAUGUGACUGGUUUGUAGCCAAUUACGACACAGCUCGUAAGUGACGGUGAACACUGCCAAGUUGGGUACUGUAGAAAGGCAGAAAGUAUGAGGAUUGUCUGUACUGAAUGUACUUCACUGUUGAUGUGGUCUUGCUCAGGUACCAUAACCCCUAUCAAUCUCUUUAAAUUAAAGGCCUUUAAAGAUCACCAAGACACUUUUAAUUUUCCUCUGUGUAACAAUGUCUACACACCAUAGAGAAUAUACAUUAGUCAAGUUUUCAAUAAGUUAUAUGAUAUACAUGCCUUCACUGAGGUUUAUUAUAUUACUGUCUCUAUUCUCUAAUAGUCAUACUGGAUGUUUUUCAGUUGUGGGAUGUCUAUUUUAUUAAAUUAUGGAGCAAGUAAAAAUAAAGAAAUUUGUUUUACACUGGUGUAGGUGUCUUACAGGACUUCUUACCAAUAUGUUGAAAUGGUCUUACAUGACGACUUGUGAACCAGACAAUGGCGUGUGAUGUUUUGUCUCCUUGUGGGCCGGCCGCAAGCAAUAAAGCUUUCUUUACUUGUUCA